AUGGAGGUUUCUCAAACAACUAAAACACUUCUCCUUCUCUGCUCUUCAGUGAUAUGGAGGAAGCACCAAGAAUGCACCUCAUUUACCCACACACAGCAUGAAGAGUUGGAGGCUCUGUUUAGCCAUACCAUGUUUCCAGAUAAAAAUCUCCAGAAGGAACUUUCUUUGAAACUCAACCUACCUGAGUCAUCAUACCAUGUUUGGUUCCAGGACCAGUGAUUCAAGAGGAGGAAGCAGCAGAAACAGUCACUGAAGCAAUGAGACCAGAUCCUUCUGGCCAAGAACAUGCCCUCCUUGUGCACAGCAUAAGCCAAUCCUCCUCUUAUUCCUAUUGUUUCAGAUUUCUAUAGCUCCAUUCCAUCUCAGUCCUCAGGCCCUUCCAAUUUGGCAUGGGAUGCUAUCAUCUCUGAGGGUCCCACAAGUGAUGUCCAAAUGCAAGAUCCUCAGUUGGACAAGCUAAUGGCCUCAGCUCCUGCUUUGUUCUCUGAUGCCUAUGACAUAAUUGUAUGUCAAAUCAUACAACUGUACUGUCUUCAUGAUGAGGAUGAGAUAUCCAGGUCUUCUUUCCACUGUCUAUAUCAAUAUUUUUCACCCACAAGGUCCCAGCCAGAAGAACAGAGCUCCUCUCCUAACAUCUUUCCUAGUCCAGCUGUAGGUCUAUCUCCUGGGCAAGUCUGGUCCAGUAGGACAAGCUGGAGCAUUUCAUCCUACCAUCUAAGAGACAUCCUGGAAUUCCAGAACCCCUCCAGUACAGUAGACUUUGUAUUUCUCUGAUCCAAGUAUUCAUAAAUACAAGAUCAUAUAGAAAAAAACCUUCAUGCCUCUUGCACGUUCCUCUUUCCUUUGUUUGCUUCCUAACCUGAAUGUCACUUAUUUCCAUGGAAGUGUUGUAAAAGCUAAAGUUUUCAAAGUAUAGCUCAGUACUACACAGUUGGUCCCAUAACUCUCCCUGAGGAGAGGCCUUCCUAGUCCCUUCAAUGUCCAGUAAACUUCCAAAAUCCCCUUUUCCCAAAAUUACCUUUGUCUUUUAAAAAGAGGACCAGCAGCCUUUAGGGGUCAUCCACUUUUAAUAGUAAUAGGUUACAAACUCACAUUUUAUUUCCAAAGCUUAUGUAUGGGGUUUUCUAAAGAAUAUUUUCAGUCAAAAUUUAGGGAGA